CCAACAUUAGCGUAAUAGAUAGUGCAGCGGAUUCCUCAACAAUCAACUAAAUAAGCAUUUUAGCAUUAGAAAAGCAGCUCACCAGAUUUAAACACUUAAUCUAAUGACAGAUUUAUAUAUAAUCCAUACUUGUGCGGCUGUAACUAUAACCCUACAUUGCUCUUCACUUUUACCCCUGCUUUAUUCUUUGAUCCAGGUUGAAAUUCUAGAUCCAUCAUUUUUAUAACCCAGCGGAAUGAAAAUCAAUAUAGAGGGAAAAUAGCUUAUGUUUGACCCCUACAGUUAGUUCCUCUGCGUCGUCCUAUUUUUGGUUUCGGCUGUUGAGCAAUUGCUAUUUCUAUUGGAUAACAUUUGGAGCUAUUUAAUUCUAUGUUUGUGUUCAUUGAAUUAAGGACAGUUUGUCUACUUAACACUUACUGGAGCACAGAAAUAUUGCAUAGAAACAAGAGAAGAUGCCUGCACAGAAGAUUGAAACCAGUCAUAAUGACACAGUUCAUGAUGUUUCUAUGGACUAUUACGGAAAGCGUAUGGCAACAGCAUCAUCUGACAAUACCAUAAAAAUGGUUGGUGUAGGUAACAACUCUGCUUCACAGCACCUUGCCUCUCUGAGUGGUCAUAGUGGUCCUGUUUGGCAGGUUGCUUGGGCGCAUCCCAAAUUUGGGUCGAUCCUUGCUUCCUGCUCCUAUGACGGUAAAGUCAUAUUCUGGAAGGAAGGAAAUCAAAAUGAGUGGAGACAAGCUCAUGUUUUUAGUGACCACAAGUCAUCCGUUAACUCUAUUUCGUGGGCCCCUCAUGAACUUGGGCUUUAUUUAGCCUGUGCUUCUUCUGAUGGUAAUAUAUCAGUUCACAGUGCUAGGUCAGAUGGUGGUUGGGACACCAAAAAAAUAGACCAAGCUCAUCCAGUCGGGGUAACAUCUGUUUCAUGGGCGCCAUCAACGUCUCCUGGUGCUAUAGUAGGUUCAGGUGUGCUUGAACCUGUUCAGAAGCUAGCAUCUGGCGGUUGUGAUAACACUGUGAAGGUUUGGAAGUUAUGUAAUGGAAAAUGGAAGAUGGAUUGCUUCCCUGCACUUCAGAUGCAUAGUAAUUGGGUGAGGGAUGUAGCCUGGGCGCCGAACUUGGGGCUUCGAAAGUCAACAAUUGCUAGUGCUUCAGAAAAUGGUACAGUUGUCAUAUGGACCAUGGCAAAAGAGGGAGAUCAGUGGGACGGGAAGGUUCUUAAAGACUUUAAAAAUCCUGUUUGGAGGGUUUCAUGGUCUCUAACUGGAAACUUGUUGGCAGUGGCUGCUGGUGAUAACAAUGUCACAUUGUGGAAAGAAGCAGAGUGGCAAGAGGUCUCCACUGUUGACCAAUAGAAUUAAAGUUCUGUUUUAUUCCAAAUCUUUUUCUCUGGGUCGAAUUAGUAGUUACAAUUAGCUAAUCGAGCAUAUUGAUUUCAUGUGAGGGCCACCUCUUGCACCUUGAAGUUUUGCUUUUCCGUUGAAUUUAUGAUGCCUGAGAUCGA